AUGGCGCUUCACGUCCCCCAGGCCCCGGACUUCGCCCAGAUGCUCAAGGAUGGAGCCAAGCAUUAUUCUGGACUAGAGGAGGCCGUGUACAGAAACAUACAAGUGUGCAAGGAGCUUGCCCAGACCACCCGCACCGCAUACGGCCCCAACGGAAUGAACAAAAUGGUUAUUAAUCACCUGGAGAAGCUUUUUGUGACCAACAACAUGGCUACUAUAUUAAGAGAACUAGAGGUCCAGCACCCGGCUGCCAAGAUGAUUGUGAUGGCUUCCCACAUGCAAAAGCAAGAGGUGGGCAACGGCACCAACCUGGUCCUGGUGUUGGCUGGCGUGCUACUGGACCUGGAGGAAGAGCUGCUCAGGAUGGGCCUGUCUGUGGCCGAGGUGAUCGAGGGCUAUGAGACUGCCUGUCACAAGGCCCAUGAGAUUCUCCCCAACCUGGUGUGCCGCUCCGCCAAAAACCUGAGAGACGUGGAGGAGGUGGCUUCUCUGCUCCAGACCUCCGUCAUGAGCAAGCAGUAUGGCAAUGAGGUCUUCUUGGCCAAGAUAAUCGCCCAGGCUUGUGUUGCUAUCUUUCCUGACUCGGGUCACUUCAACGUUGACAACAUCAGAGUGUGCAAAAUAUUGGGGGCCGGGAUCUACUCGUCUUCGGUGCUGCACGGCAUGGUCUUCAAGAAAGAGACUGAAAGGGAUGUCAUAUCUGUAAAAGACGCCAAAAUAGCCGUGUACUUCUGUCCUUUUGACGGCAUGAUCACCGAAACCAAGGGAACGGUCCUGAUCGAGAAUGCCGAGGAGCUGAUGAGUUUCAGCAAAGGGGAGGAGAAGCUGAUGGACGCUCAAGUCAAGGCCAUCACCCAGUCCGGGGCCAACCUCAUAGUGACAGGGGACAAGGUGGCAGACAUGGCUCUUCAUUACGCCAACAAAUACGACCUCAUGCUGGUCAGGCUGAACUCCAAGUGGGACCUCCGCAGGCUGUGUAAGACAGUUGGAGCUAUGGCCCUCCCGAGACUGACACCCCCAGUGCUUGAGGAAAUGGGCCACUGCGACAGCGUUUACCUGACAGAGGUUGGGGAGGACGGCGCCAUCGCCACCAUCGUGCUGCGUGGCUCCAUGGACAACUUAAUGGAUGACGUCGAGUGGGCAUUGGAUGACGGCGUCAACACGUUCGAAGUGCUCACAACUACUUUGAUAUCCACAUUUAAACAAGGGCCCCUAAACCUACACAAAACUUUUUGCUCUGUUUAUGCCUGGCAGGAGCAGGAGGAGGAGUGGGAGCUGGAGCUGAAGCCAGACAUGGUCUCUGACUGCCUCUUGCCUUUCCUAGUCAGCACCUUUUACUGUGAACUUCAUGUGUUAAAAAUUUUGCAUCAGGUGCAGAUCUGGUGCUUUCCAGUUAAUAUACGCUUUAAUUGCUUCUGUGUCUUCAGUUCUGAUAGUCUAAUGACAUUUGUAUUAGGCUAUGGUGCUUUGGCUGCAAAUGGGAUCUACAUUUUAAAAUAUGCCUCUGCAUGCACUUCGCAAUGCACCACACCCCACCUGCCUACUCAUGCAUUGCAUUACAUGCUCCAGUGGGAGCCUGACUGGCAGGAUCCAGAGAGUCAUCAGCAAAAAACAACCCCAAUCAGGAAUGGAUUUAGGUCUUCUACUGGGGAAAUCCAUAUGAUUUUCAGCAGGAUCCUGAGUUUUUCUAUGAGCGCUAAAUUUUACCCUGUUCAUUACUUGGUGGCAGACUUUUUUGAAGACCGAAUACACGUGAUUCUCCUGACUGGAUCCUGCAGAAUGCAGCAACCAGAAACACAGCUCUUACUUGUGCUGCUGGGAAGCAGCUGGGAAAGAGCAAGCUCACGCCAACAGCUGCAGGCUCACCCAGCGACCCAUUGGAGCAACUGUGUGACUGAAGCUUCUUCCUUGCAAGGGAUCUCCACUUACGUAUCUGGAGGAGGGAAUUCUCUCCUCCAGUAUAAUUCUUACCCUCAGCCCCUGAACACAAAGGACCCUCAACAGGACCUGGAUGGUGAUGGACAGUGGUCUGCAAUGGUAGCCAACCAGGACUGUGGGACCAUUGUGGUGCAAUGGUGGACAGACACCAUUGGUGAUCACUGCAGCUGCCGGAUUGACCCAAACCGGUUGUUCAGUAGCUGGGUGAUGACUGGUUAA